CUGUGGCCAGUUAAAAAACAAACCGGGCGCCGGUUGUUGCUGCUGUAUUUUAUUGAUAUUGUUUUCAAUUUUCAUUAAUUUCACAUUCACAGCAACAAAUUGCUUUGCUUUUAAGUUGUAUACUAUUCAUUUUAAUUUUUCCAUUUUCGCGACAUAAAAACAUGUCUCACUUCAAAUUGAUAUCAUCCACAAAUGCGUCAGAUGCAAUACCUGUAAAUAAAUAUGUCUCGGAAAAAACUGGAUUGACUGUGAUUAUAGCUAAUGUUGAAGGGCCACUCGUGAACGGGUUCUUUUGUCUUGCAACUGAGGCUCAUGAUGACGAUGGAUUGCCUCACACACUCGAACAUCUCGUCUUUUUGGGUUCAGAGCGUUACCCUUACAAGGGUAUCCUGGAUUUGCUUGCAAACCGAUGCAUGGCGCAUGGGACCAACGCAUGGACUGACACCGACCACACUUGCUACUCAAUAUAUACAGCGGGUGAUGAGGGCAUGUUAACUUUGCUACCCAUUUACUUGGACCACAUAUUAAUGCCUACUCUCACUGAGCAAGGUUUUAUAACUGAAGUACAUCAUGUCAAUGAGGAAGGGGAGGAUGCGGGUGUUGUAUACUGUGAAAUACAGGGUCGGGAAAAUAAUGCUGAUACUAGAUGCGAGUUACGAUUGCUGCGUGCCAUGUACCCCAACAGUGGAUACUCAUCUGAUACUGGUGGAGUUAUGAAAAACUUGAGAACUUCUACAGACAACACAAAAGUGAGAAAUUUCCACAAGAAAUUCUACAGACCUGAGAAUCUAACAAUAAUUCUCACAGGUCAGAUAGCUGCAGAUGAUGUGUUCAAAGCAUUGACCACUGUCGAGAAUGACAUCAUUGCAAAGAGGGAAAGAGAGAAACAAGUGGAAUGGGUCAAACCAUGGCAAACAAUUCCCCCACUACCUAACUAUGGGGAGUAUCAAGAACAGUGGCCUUCUGAUACUGUGGACUGUGGACAGAUUUUAUUUGGAUGGCGUGGGCCCAUAUUAACGGAACCAACGGCGCUCACGGAGCUGACCGCGUGCGCGGUGAUGCUGCGGUACCUGUGCGACACGGCCGCGGCGCCGCUGCAGCGCGCGCUCGUCGAGAGAGAGGACGCGUUGGCCGGAGACGUGUCGUACAACAUAACAGAAAACAUGGCCCCACUGAUCAAGAUCCAGCUAGACAACAUCCCCGUCAGCAAGCUGGAGCUGGCUCGCGACGAGGCGCGCAAGUGCCUCCGGGCCGUGAGCAGCGGCGCGGAGCCCAUCGACAUGGAGCGCAUGCAGCGGCUCAUCAGGAAGCAGCUACGCGAGACCAUGGCCAGCCUGGAGUCCGACCCGCACCACGCUGUGACCUUCAGGUCUAUCGGUGAUGCGCUGUACUCGCAGAAUGAAAAUGACUUCAUAGCCCGUAUGAAUCCGCAACACUCCCUCAACAAGCUGUUGUCAGAGGACUUGGACUAUUGGUUGAAUUUGUUGAAGAAGUACUUCGGCAAUGACUCUGUCACCAUCAUCGGCUCUCCGAGUAUUGAUCUGCAAACAAAAAUUGCUGAAGAAGACAAAGUGAGAAUAGAAGAGCAGAGAGCACAGUUAGGUGAAGAGGGUUUGGCGGAAAAGGGUAGAAUACUCCAGGAGGCAAUGGAAUUCAAUGAGCGACCGCCGCCUCCUGGCACGUUGGCUUCGGUGCCGGUGCCGUCGUGCGAGAACCUCAAGUGUCACAAGUUAAGUUCGUGGAACACCAACAGCGAGCCGUGCCCGUACUUCGACCUCAAGGAUGUCCCCAUGUACACCAGGCUGCACAGCCUCAACACCAACUUUGUCUAUAUCUGCGUAGUCCUGGACACAUCAGGCGUGGACCAGACCACGCGCAAGUGGCUGCCGUUGUUCCGCAACGCGAUGGCCGAGUGUCCCGUGCGGCGGGGCGACGUCCUAGUUCCGCACGAGGACGUGAUCUCCGCCACCGAGCAGCUCACCGUUAGCUUCUCCGUAGAGAUCGGCUUCGGCCGCUCGGGGAACUUCUCCGUGGGACAGUUUGGACACUUUGUGCCGAUCGAGAUUAGGUGUGAGCCGGCAGACUACGAACAGGUCGUGAACCACCUGUACGAGAUGUUGUACGCGGCUGAGAUCACCAAGGAGAGGUUGUUGGUGUUUGCGCAGAGGUUGCUAAACGACGUAUCGCAGGUCAGGAGAAAUGGCCACAAAAUGGUGUACGACAUCCUCAGAGACGCGCUGUACUGCAAGGACAGCAACGUCCAUUGGAGCUCCGCCUUAAGGCAGCAGAAGUUCCUCAAGGAGAUUAUCGAACAGCUGACCGCCGGCGGCGACUCCGCCGAGGCAGCUAUUGCUGAAGCUAAGAGAACUUUCAAGAACAUAACGGAGAAGGCCUGGCUACACCUCGCCGCUGACUUGGUGAAGAACAAACUUAGCACUGAGCCGUGGAAACGGUUCGCGAGAGAGAACGAAGUUACACCUACUGAGCCUCAGUUGUACUGGGACGCGGAUCUGAUGAGCGGCUGGGGGCGCGGCGUGGUGGUGGGCGUGGGCGGACUGGACUCGUCGUUCGUGGUGCAGUCCAGCCCUGGGCCGCUGGGCAACGCGCUGGCCGACGUGGCGCCGCUCGCCGUCGCGCUCAACUUCUUCACGCAGCUGGAGGGUCCGAUGUGGAAGCUGAUCCGCGGGCUCGGGCUGUCGUACGGCUACGGCAUCCGGCCGUCGUACAACGAGGGCCGGCUCGUGUUCUCGCUGUACCGCGCCACCAACACCGUGGCCGCCUACACGCGCGCUCAGGGGAUUGUGCACGUAUAUUUAGAACAAGGCCAAUUUGAUGAAGAUCUGUUCGCGUCCGCAAAGAGUACGGCGCUGUUCGAGGUGGUGGAGAACGAGAAGUGUCUGGCGGACGUGGUGGCGCAGUCGCUCGUCAACUACCUCCGGCGCGCGGGAGACACUUACAACCGCGAUCUGGUGUGCGCGAUAGCGGCGGUGACGGAGGCGGAGGCGUUCGCGGCGGCGGCGCGCUGGCUGCCGCGCAUGUUCCACGAAGAAAUCACCAAGAUGGCGGUCGUGUGCCACCCCAGCAAGGUCGCCGACAUGCAGGCCGCCUUCCACAAGGUGAAAGUGCACCUCGACGCGUACGACUCCAUGGAAACAUCGGACUUCAACAAAUAAUGAUAUACAAUUUAGAUGUUAAGAAAAUAAGAAAAAGAUACUAUUUACGCAUUUAUAUGUAAUUAAGUGUAACAGUUUUCUAUAUAAUAGCAUGUGCUUAAUCAAUGUGCCGCUCAAAAAACUAUAACGUUAUAAAUGAUUACAAAUUUAUGUCACUGUUAACCGCUUGGCUGUGCCUUACGAGUGUUCACAGCUGGCGUAAAAUCAGCCGGCGUAACCCAGAAUCAGCUUUUCUGUAACGUAACGCGUUACGGCGCCACUCUGUCUGUCUUCCCCUUUUCUCAAACGUAUUUAAAAAAUUAAAUUUUUAUGUAAUCACGUCUCAAAAAAAUAUUUAUAUUUUUUUUUCAAUCUAGAAGAACGACAAUGAACACUUUUUAAAUGGUCUUAAGACCAUUUAAAAAGUGUUAACUAGCCCAGUACAUCCAACCCUUCCGAAAAUAUACUCAGUGGCACAAUUAUCCGCCCACUUUAAUAUACUCGCGUCAUAAUGAAGAGGGCGGAUAUUUGUGCCUCUAUGUGCCUCACCGUGAGCCUGUUCCAGACGUCGGUAGAUGCAUCAGGUGUGGAUACUCUCUAUAUGUUUGUACUGCAUGCUGUUCGGAAAACUAGAAAGUUGCCAUUGUUUUGAAAAUAUAUUAUUGAUAUACAGUUAUAUACGUUUUUAUUUUGUAGAGCAAUUAAAUUAAAACACGUGUUAUUAA